UCAGCUAUAUCUUCUCUCUGUCGCUGGCUCUAUGUGUCCUGACAAUUUACUUUUACUUAUAAACGAAAAGUGAUUUUAAAUUCUACUCACCUGAUAUAUAAUUAUGAAAGUAAUCAGGAAGACACCUAAUUGAUAUGGAAAAUGAAUACUCUAAUGUUGAACCAUCUGUUGGACUGGAGAGAACGGACGGUUCAGACUACCUGCCGAAGUACGCUCGACAUCCAAUUGGUGCUAUUGUAAUCGCGAUCACAGGUCUGGCAAUAUGGCUUCUUGGCUAUCGAUUAAUCAAGGUGAUUGUAGUUGCCGCAGCCUUCAUCUUUUCUGGCUGGUUCUUCUUUUCGUUUUCUCCUCAUUUCAUCCAUGUUGACGUGUGUUGUGGUCCAGGAACUCAAGUUGAAGUCCGUAUUGCUAUCAGUAUCAUCAUUGCUUUACUAGCUGGUGCAAUAGCUUGUUAUGUGUAUAAACUGGGAGUGUUCUGUCUUGGCAGUUGUCUUGGCUUAGUUUUAUCCAUUGUAGUGACAGCUCUUGUAUUAAUGAAGAAAUUGCACAGCCCUCUAGCAUAUUAUGGGAUAUAUAGUGGCUCUGCUCUAGUCKUUGGUGUACUUGCUGUUGCAUUUGAGAAAGUGUUUGUGAUCCUUGGAACAUCGGUGUUUGGUUCGUUAGGAGUAUUCUACGCAAUUGACUUCAUUGUAAGGACWCCGUUUACACCUACCAUGUUUUAUACACUCAAGCUACUGGAAGGAGGGUUGUACGAGGCAGUUAACGAUCCAUCUGACUUUCAUAUUCAGUUUGAAACUGRAAAACUGACUGAUAAAGCAAUAGCCAUGUACGUUGGAUGGAUGUUAAUGUCAUUAGGUGGGUUUUUGAUACAGUAUAUUUACACCAGUCAAGAUAUCAGUCCGAAGCUAAUGGUUAAAACUUGUGGCGUWGAACAUGGUGACAUAUGUGACGAUAACAUCGACCAUUCACCCGCUCCACAAUAUAUCUUACUACAAUCCACUCCUAUAGCAACACAGUUACAUAACUAUGGAAAAGCACAGAGGAUAAGAARCUAUCUGAAGUAGUCUCCUUGUUCAGUAGAAUUUAUUGCUCUUUGGUUGAAGCUAUCAUUAACGCAGUUCUCUAGCUUGUUGAGUGGGUUCAGUUUUGUUUGCUAAUUGUAAAUAUAAAACACUGUUAAAGAUUAAAAUGUUUUGACAUC